AGUCUAGGAUUCACGGUCUGCCUGGCUUGUUGUAUUGUCGGUCUCACUCUCUAGAUCUCUAUUCUUGACUGAUGACGGUAUCUCGACUCUCUCUUCCCGGACCACAGCGAAUCAAAGUGACUGCUCGCCGCUCACCAUGUCGGCAAAGCGUUUUGGAAACGUUGCUGUCAGUGAAAUCAAAGACUUCCGGAGGUUCCGACAUAUUCAUUGGCGAGCACCAACCGUUAUGGGCGCUGGUUUCCUCGCCGGCAUUACCCUCAUGGCGUCGCACCACGCAUUAUACCAGAGCCUCAGUGGGCAACCUGCAGACAACGCUCUAUUGCAGCUGUGGGCUAUUCGUGCGGGCACCGCGCUGGCCUUCCUGUCCAGGCUCUGUCUAGCUGUCGGGACGGGAGUCGCGUAUGAUCAGUGGAUGUGGGUCAAUCUGCACGCGAAGCCGCACGAAAUCGGCUCUUUGGACUCGAUGUUUGCGAUAUUGGGCAAUGCUUUCGAGUUUCUGGCUGUUCGCAUAUGGUGGCGGAGGCCAAUUCUUGCCCUUUUGGCAGCUAUGACUUGGCUCCUCCCAAUCUCUGCCAUCAUCACUCCAGGCACCCUCUCUGUGCAGCCUGUCCUGGUCUCCGAAACCGGGGCUCUAGUCGUCCCUCAGCGGUCCUUCACAACUGACAGCAACCUCUUCUGCGGCGUCAUAACUGACGCCAACACAACAACCUACGCCUCCAUGUCCACGGGCCUGUCGAAUCCGACGUUCGCCACAGUCCUCUCCAACAGUGUUCUUCCGCUCGAGUCCUCCAGCACAAACCUAACCUUCAACCUUCAAUUCUUCGGCCCGGCCGUCAGCUGCGACAUGUCGAGCGACGAAGAAUUUUCAUGGGCCAAAAGGGCCAUGCUCGAGUACGAGAAUAUGACGGACACGAGAGUGUUCUAUUUUGGCUGGGCACCUCAGCCCGGAUGGGGACCUGACGUGAAUGGCUCAUUCUUCGCCUCCACGGACGUGCAGAUCGGGAACAACCGAUUAGAUUUUGUCUCGAAAGACGCUGCUCGGGUGUUUAUUUAUCUCAACACCACGGGCGUCGACGAGUCAGGCAACCGCAUCCCAGACUUUGUCGGCAAAGCAGAGGCGCAGAUGAUGACCUGUGCAUUGUACAACGCGUCCUACGACGCUCAUUUCGAGGUGAAGAGCACGGGCGCACAAUUCGUCACCGCCUCUCCAAAGUUCGAGAAUUGGAUGCCGGCGCUCAGCUCGAUGGAGGGGACGCUACAGGAUCCUCGGGUCCGUCAACAGAUGAACAUGCAAGCCGUCAUGGAAUCCUUUGUCAUGAUGAUCGGUGGGCCCAUCACGUACUCCAACGACAUCUCUUUCCCGACGACCAACUCCGUCUACGCUCCCGGAAUGAAUCAGGCCUUGUUCCCUGCGCGGCCGGGCCUGAACCAAACGGACUUGACGCUCCUUCAGGCCAAGCAGAAUGAGAUGCUGUUUCGGAACAUUACGCUGAGCAUGCGGUACGGCGUUGUCUCUGGGACCGUUGGUGAAGACCAGACAACAGCCUCAGCGGUGCGACAAAGGUUCGAAUCACAGUUUGUCUAUGAGCCGCGAGCACUGCUCGUGGCUUAUGGACUAAGCGCUUUCUUCGCACUGAUCUGUGUCCUGUUGGGUGUGCACGCGUUGCUCCACAACGGCGCUUCGUACACGAAUUCAUUCUCGACCAUCGUGAGAGUUACGAGAGAUCCGGCUCUUUCGCGACUGAUCGCGGACGAAGGUGAUCUUCAGGGUGCCGAGCCGGUGCCGAAACAUAUUCACAGGGCAGAGGUGCGGUUGGGCAGGAGCGCGAAGUCUGUCUCGCCGAGUUACUCUUCCAGCUGGAUUUGAGGACAUUCACCGUA